UGUCUUGUACAGGGCGUUGGUGGUGACCCACACAUGGCCAUUGCUCUGCCUCCUGAAUCAAAACUGACCAAAGAGAAAGAAGAGGAGCCUUCGCCUCCGCUCACAGACGCAGAUGAGAUGACCAUCAGGAUAGGUAGACCUGGACCCCUUUCAGAUAAAUUAGAAAAUGGAGACGUGUACCAGAGGAGGAGAGGUCCACACAGUAGCGGUCCAGAGGAACCGGGGUCCAUCAGUAAACACCAGGACCAGUCCAGGCAGACCGGGAGCAGCUGGAGGAGGAUCCUACUGCUCAUCCUCGCCAUUACCAUCCACAACAUCCCAGAGGGUCUGGCGGUGGGCGUUGGAUUCGGAGCCAUUGGAAAGACUUCAUCUGCUACUUUUGAAAGUGCCAGAAACCUGGCCAUUGGUAUUGGCAUCCAGAAUUUCCCAGAGGGUUUGGCGGUGAGCCUGCCACUCCGCGGCUCAGGGGUCUCAACAUGGAAAGCCUUCUGGUAUGGUCAGCUCAGUGGGAUGGUGGAGCCGGUCGCUGGACUUCUGGGCGCCGUUGCAGUGGUUUUAGCAGAACCUCUGUUACCAUAUGCGCUGGCGUUCGCUGCCGGGGCGAUGGUCUACGUGGUCGUUGAUGACAUCAUACCUGAAGCUCAAGUCAGUGGAAACGGGAGGCUGGCGUCCUGGACGUCCAUCCUGGGCUUCGUAGUGAUGAUGUCACUGGACGUCGGGCUCAGCUGAGAUCACCGCUGACAACCGUCACCAUGUCAACGCAGCGCUCAGCUGUGGUGUGUUGACAGUAACUGCUGACACAAAGGGGACCAAAUCUGUUGUUUGAUGACUUGUUGCUACUUGAAAUUGAUGCAGAACUGUUUUCAUUACUGUACAAAGGAGUGUUUUCCUUCCAUGUUGAGUCAUUUAAUCUGUUUUUUAUGGCAAAUACCUCCUUUUGGAAUGAAUCAGUUUCUAUUUAAUGAACGUGUUUCAUGUGUCCUGCCUUCUGAGCUGUUGGAUGGAGGUGUUCAUUUUAAAAACCCUUCCAGUUCAGACUGAAUGAAUGUCUUAGUUUUACUGUUUCUAAUGUCUGCGUGUCCUCACAGUGACACUAGCUGAAGUCUGAUUUCGAACUUGAAUUCUUUGUAGUGCAGAUGAAGAUCAGCCCGUCACACCAGUGUGUGCAAGUGUGGGAUUUGUAGUUUUUUUUUUCAGCUACAGCCUGUUAUCCUCAAACAUGUCAGUUGUUUCCAGUCUUUCAUCCACAGACUGGAUCCUGUCUGUACUUAAAUCUGACCUUCCACAUGGGACUUUUGUACCUAUGACAAGCACUCUGCAUUACAGAGUUUGCAUUUGUCUCCCUCUUCUGCCAUCUACUGGCCAGCUGGGAGAAGUACAUGUAACAGUUUAGUUCUAAUAAUUUCCUACCAAGUCAAACUAUUUGUAUAAAUAAACACCUGGUUCUCA